AUGAUUAGUAGUUUAAGAUGGUUGAGACUUUUUGCAAAUCUGUGUCUCUUUGUUUUUUUUCUGAUCGCCGCAAUUAAUUACCAAACCAGCAUUUAUCUUGUGUACCAGGGCAAAGGACAAUUACAAUUGCUUCUAAACACUCAGUCCUUUGAGAAAUUUUCAAAAGAAACAAAGCUCUCUGAGCACGAAAAAAAUAAUCUUUUGCUGAUUGAUGAGGUUAAGAACUAUUCUGUAGACAGUCUUGGGUACAAACCAACAAAAAAUUUCACAGAAAUUUACGAUCAAAAAGGUGAUCCCGUAUUAUGGGUAAUAACAGCCUGUGAGCCUUACGAUUUAAAACCUUAUGAAUGGAAAUUUCCAAUUGUUGGCAAGGUUAGUUACAAAGGAUUUUUUAAAAAGGAGUUAGCUACAAGCGCCUACAAUCAUAUGGUUGUUACUGGCUACGAUGCCGAUCUGCGAAGCGUUUCAGCCUGGAGUACUUUGGGCUGGCUGCACGAUCCUGUUCUGAGUAGUAUGCUCAAACGUAGUAAAGAAUUACGAGGAUUCUAA